AUGUUAACGCCCCACAGCCUUCAUCAGCAACUGUUGCAGUGGCACUACCAUUCACCAAGCCCUUUCCAGAUGUAUCCCAAAAUUGAAAUUUUUGCCAAUGAAAAUUUUAAAAGAUGGCAAGAACGUGUGCACUCUCUACUUGACAUCCAUGGAGUAGCUUAUGUGCUCACUGAAUCUCAACCUUCUGCAACUGCGGAUGCCAAGACUCAAGAAUCAUGGCAAUACGCCAAUAAGGUAUGCCGACACACUAUCCUUCAAACACUCUCUAAUGAAUUAUUUGAUGUCUACUGUAGCAGCAAAGAAGGCAAGGCAAUUUGGGAAGCCUUGGUAACAAAGUUUACUGCCGAAGAUGCAACCAAGCAAAUAUUCGUCGUAGGAAAAUACAACCAAUGGCAAAUGACUGAUGACAAGGAGAUGAAAAUUCAAAUCACCGAGUAUCAAAUGCUGCUAGAGGACUUGAAAAAUGAAGACAUCAAUCUACCUGAGAAAUUCGCUGCAGGCAUGAUGAUUGAAAAGUUACCGGAGUCAUGGGCUGACUAUAAAAACAACUUGAAACACAAGGAGAAAAAUUAUACCAUAGAUGAGCUCGUGAAGCACAUCCUCAUUGAGGAUUCAAAUAAAAGGGAGUUGAGAGCUACCAAGGCAAAGGAGAUGGCUUUCAAAACCAAUCUGGUGCAAAGCAAUAAUAAAAGACUUAAUAAAGCCAAUGUCAAAGAGUGGGUGGUAGACUCUGGGGCUACUCGGCACAUAUGUGCAAAUCGAGAAGCAUUUUCCUCCUAUACUCCUAUAGGGGAUAAUGAGGAAGUAGUCUACCUUGGUGACUCACGAACUGCUAAUGUUCUGGGUAAGGGCAAAGUAUUCUUGAAACUCACUUCAGGAAAAACUUUGGCUCAAUGA